AUGGAAUCAGAGCAGCCGCUUGACGCAUCUCAAUUGAGAUAUGAAUAUACCACCGCACCUCGAGAGGUACCCGAUGCCGAAACCCUGGCCAAACACAAGCAAACUAUCUGUACCGACCAUAUGCUUGUUGCCUCCUGGGAGGUAAACAGUGGCUGGUCUACUCCAGAGCUCAAGCCGUAUGGCCCGUUCAACCUUCUCCCCACCGCAUCCUGCCUUCACUAUGCCUACGAAUGUUUCGAGGGACUCAAGGCCUAUCGAGGACACGACGGCAAGCUACGAAUGUUCCGGGCCGACCGCAAUUCUCAACGCCUCUUGAUGUCCUCUCAGCGAAUCUCCCUCCCGAAAUUCGACCCGGACGAGCUGGAAAAACUAAUAUAUGCUUUGCUUUCGGUGGACGGUGCAAAAUGGCUUCCCAAGGAUCGCGCCGGAGACUUUUUAUACGUGCGCCCGACGAUGAUUGGAAUAGAUUCCCAGAUUGGCUUUGCAAAGCCAACGGCAGCUCUGCUCUAUAUUAUUGUUGGAUAUAUGCCUCGCAUGGAUCAACCAGCUGGUGGCAAGCGACUCUUGACAAAUCCGGAUGAUGUCGUGCGCUCAUGGGUUGGCGGGUUCGGUUAUGCAAAAGUUGGCGCGAAUUACGGCCCGUCGUUGCAGGCCACCCAAGAGGCCUACCGUCAAGGCUAUCAUCAGAUUCUAUGGUUGUAUGGCCCUACCGGCGACUGCACUGAGGCAGGCGGGAGCAACUUCUUUGUGGUUUGGAAGCGCAAAGAUGGCAAGAAAGAGCUGAUCACAGCUCCAUUGGACGACCAGCUGAUCUUGAAUGGUGUCACUCGGAGAAGUUGCCUUGACUUGGCGAAGGAGAGAUUAGGGGAUGAACUUGAGGUUAUGGAACGUAAAUUUACCAUCGCCGAGAUCCAGGAGGCAGCUUCAGAAGAUCGUCUUCUGGAAGUGUUUGCCGCUGGCACAGCUUGGUUUAUUACUCCGAUUUCACUCAUUCAUCACCGCGGACAAGAUAUCGUAAUCCCCACUGGCCCUGACGGAACGCCAGCCGAAAUUACAGGGAGGCUCAAAGGAUGGCUGAGUGAUAUGAUGUAUGGGGGCGUGCAGCACCCGUGGGCAAGGGUGAUCUCUGAGAGACAAUAA